AGUCAAAUCAAGAGGAUAUUGGAAGAGCCAACGCUGAGAACAUCAGAGCUGACGUGGACGUCUCUGCAGAGUGUGGAUUUGUGAAAUUGGCAGUGGAGAUGAGAGAGUGGAUGGAUCCUGAGAUGGGCAUGAUGACCGGAGGCUACCUCUCUGGAGCAGACGCUUACGGCAUUGCAGAACCGCAGUACUAUGAUGUGCUGGUGGAUCCGUUGGGAUAUUCAUACCAGGAUCUUGAUCUACAGGCUUUUCCCUACAGCCAGCAGCACUACAAUCCAGCAAACAUGCAGGUCUCUGUGUACGGACCCCCCAGCUCUCAACCGUGUAACCCAGCAUACCCGUACAGCCCACAGUGUCCGGAGCCUCCAUGCCAAGCAGAUGUGGAGCUGCACGGGCAGGCGAGAGGCAGCAUGGGCACAACACCGGGAAUGAAGAGACCACGACUGGGGCCUGGAGCUCGGGUCAAGGGUCAGGAUGAACUGUGCGUGGUGUGUGGGGACAAAGCAUCAGGAUACCACUACAACGCUCUGACCUGUGAAGGCUGCAAAGGCUUCUUUAGGCGCAGCGUCACCAAGAAGGCUGUAUAUCGUUGCAAGAGUGGUGGCAGCUGUGAGAUGGACAUGUACAUGCGUCGCAAGUGCCAAGACUGCCGACUGCGCAAGUGUCGAGCCGUCGGCAUGCUCGCCGAGUGUCUGCUGACUGAGGUGCAAUGCCAGUCCAAGAGGUUAAGAAAGGGGGCCAAGCAUAGAGGAGACUCGCUGUCAGUGCUUGCUGCUGAGGAUGAAGAAAGCAACGAAAGCAGAAACGUGUCCUCCACCAGCAGACUACCCGCACCAGCACGGGUGCCGUUAGGAUUGUCCAGAGAGCAGAAAUGUGUCCUGAACAGAAUUGUGGAAGCUUAUCGUUGGUACAGAGCUCAAGAUGGCACUCAUUUCCUGGUGUCCCAGUGGUCCUGUUUACAAGAUGGUGCUGAUCAUUUGACAGACUUGACCCCUCUCGAAAUAGAAAGACUUCUGCAGUUCUCCAAGAGCAUACCUGGGUUUGAGCUCUUGGACAGUGCUGAUCAGACCAUUCUUCUGUCCAGCUCGUCUGUGGAGGUCAUGUUCCUGCUCUUGGCUCAACAGUUCACUGAGAACUCGUCCAUGUACAGCUCAUUUCUGUAUCCUGGCAGCGCGAGUGGCUCCAGUCACAGUUGGGUGAAAACCUCACAGUCUAAGGGCAGCAGUCAUGAGAUGCUAUUAAACUCAGGGAUGAAUGAGGAACUCUUGGGGCCUGUACUGAAUUUCUUCCACAGUAUGGCAGCCAUCUCCGUGACAGAUGCUGAAUACGCUCUUCUCAUCGCUACUUCAGUGCUGUGCUCAGACCGACCAUAUCUGCGUGCAGUGAGCUGUGUCGAGAACCUACAGGAAUUUGUUCUGGAGCUGCUCUCCAAGGUGUGCAGGAGCGGGCAGGGUAUGACUCACGGGCCAUGCCGCUUUGCCAGGCUGCUCGGCCGGCUAACGGAGCUGAGGACUCUGGACCACAACCACCUCACGCUCCGACCGCAGCAGAUCUGGGACAUGCAGCAAUGAGACGCACUGUUCAGGAAACCAGAGGCCUAUAUGGUCAGGUCCUGUGUUUCUGAUCAAGCACAGAAAACGUGCUGUUGGUUGGGAUUUGGCACAAACAAGAGGCUGGAUCGGCAUUCUUCCUCGGAUCGAUGAAAAUGGACGUUUUAAAGAAAGUACAACUUGUUUUUGAUCAUACAGUAGUCCAAUUCAACGUGUUAUAUCACUGUAUGAACUAACUUUGACAUUUAUUUUUCACUAUAUUGA